AUGACUACGACAGCCUGGAAUCCUCCUGCGAAGUUUUUUGUUACACCAGCAUACCCAACCAAAACUUAUGAUGGCAAAACUGUGACUGUGACCGGUUCGAAUGUCGGAAUCGGAUUUGAAGCAGCGAAACAUUUCGUCCGUCUUAAUGCUGCUAAAGUGAUACUUGCAGUGCGAAACAUCUCGGCAGGAGAAACAGCAAAGCGGUCAAUCGAGACAUCAAUAAAGAGAGCUGGCGUGUGCGAGGUCUGGGAGCUUGACCUCGGAGCUUUUGAUUCUGUCAAAGCUCUUGCAAAUCGUGCAUCCAAACUCCCUCGACUGGAUAUCGUGAUUGAGAAUGCUGGAAUUGCGACGUACACGUUUGACAUCUCCGAGGGCCAUGAAUGUACUAUUACGGUCAACGUUAUUAGUACCUUUCUGCUGGGCCUUCUACUCCUCCCUAAGUUGAAAGCAACUGCCAAAGCAUUCCCGACAUCCAGCCCACGUCUCUCCAUCGUGACAAGCGACGUCCAUGCCUGGACAAGUUUCCCGGAGCGGACUGCAGAUAACACGUUUGUCGCGCUGGAUAGGAAGGAAACGGCAGAUAUGCAAGAGCGCUAUUCUACCUCGAAGCUCCUGGAAGUGUUGGUGGUGAGGGAGCUUGCCACCAGACUUGGAGAUUCUGGAGUCAUUCUCAACAUGUUGACUCCGGGACUGUGCAAAUCGCAACUGUCACGCGAAGCAGGCUUAAGGCUCCGACUAAUGAUAUUUCUCUUUGGACGUCAGACAGAAGUUGGUAGUCGGACCAUACUCGCGGCUGCAGAGGCAGACUGGGAUAGUCAUGGUGCAUAUAUGCUAGAUGGCAAGGUCAACAAUGGAGUACUGUCAACGCUCGUCCAAAGCGAAGCUGGGUUGGAGGCACAGCAAAAGUGUGGAAGGAAUUGGGAGAAAUCUUGGAGGAGAUCCAGCCAGGGAUCACAACUUCCAUGUAAACUGCUGAGGGACCUGGUAUGUAAGGUGUUGACCCGCCUCUCACUCUUUGGCCUUGCCACAUAG